CCCGGAAGCGGUGUCAGAGCUGGAGCCGGCGGCGGGCGGCGGCGGCGGCGGCGGGCGUUGGGUACUUGUUGUUCUUCGCGAAGUCCGAGCCCGUGCGCUAGCGGAGGCGGCGACUCGGGGAGCGCGAGAGCGAGAAGCGGCGAGGAGAGCGCGUGCCCGCGAGGAGCCGCCGCGCCCCGGCCGCGAGGCCAGUUGCAGUUUCCCAGCACUUCCGUCCUGGUGAUUGUGCCCGGGUUAUGACGACUAAUCCCAAGCCCAACAAGGCGUUAAAGGUCAAGAAGGAGGCGGGCGAGAACGCCCCRGUGCUCAGUGAUGAUGAGCUGGUGUCCAUGUCAGUGCGGGAGUUGAACCAGCACCUCCGGGGGCUCACUAAGGAGGAGGUCACCCGCCUGAAGCAGCGCCGGCGCACGCUCAAGAACCGCGGCUACGCCGCCAGCUGCCGCAUCAAGCGGGUGACACAGAAGGAAGAGCUGGAGCGGCAGCGGGUGGAGCUACAGCAGGAGGUGGAGAAGUUGGCCCGCGAGAACAGCAGCAUGCGGCUAGAGCUGGACGCCCUGCGCUCCAAAUACGAGGCCCUGCAGACCUUCGCCCGCACUGUGGCCCGCGGACCCGUCACACCCACCAAGGUGGCCACCACCAGCGUCAUCACCAUCGUCAAGUCCACAGAGAUCUCCUCCACCUCUGUGCCCUUCUCAGCCGCGUCCUAGUGCCUGCUUGGGCCGUGAGGCGGCACGUCCCUCGUGCCUGCCCAGGGUCCUGGCGCAGACUCGAAACACCAGUCAUUGCAGACCCCUCGGGGCUGAGAGUGGGGACAAGCRAGGUGCCAGAUGAAGAGUAGGCUCUUGUGAGCCAGGCACAGCACACCGCCAUGCACACACAGGUGCACGCCACCCUCACGCCCUGUCCCUCCYCUCCAGAUGGGUCUGUUUCAGGAGUCAGUGGGAGAUGACCCCACAGUCCCCUGCAGGGUCUGCCAGCAGGAGGGGCCCCUGUGGCUGGGUGUGGGGCUCAUCUUCCACUCCUCUUGCAAGCAGCCUUUAACACCGUCCUGCCAUGGCUCCCACCUGGGCCAGGCACCCUGUGCUGACUUCCCCAAGCUCUGGAUGCCCCUGGGGGGAGUGAGGGAGCUCGAAGGCAGCUCUGGUCUUCCGUUGUCCCACUGAAGCGUGCUACGAUGAGCUUUAGCCCUUACACCCAGCCCGAGCCCUGGGAAGCAGAGACGGGAGAGGCUGUGUGCUAGUGUCUAUGCCCCCACRGGCCUGCUGUCACAGGGCCUGUACACCAGAAGCACCGGGGUCAUGUCAGGAAGGCCUGUCCAGUAUGUGUGCAGAGAGUUGUGCGUAUGUUGUGAAGUUUCCCUUGUGCUGUGUGACCCAAGGUGGCUGCCCAGCAAGGCCCAGCCGGCAGAGCCAGCUGGCUUUCUGCCAGCCUGCUGGCCAUCCCUGGAUUUCACAAGAUGAGGGCAGGAGCAUCCCAUCAGCUGCUGGAAAGCAGAUCUUGGUUUCCCUAGAGCUGYCUCUGGCUGGCUGUGCUCAUCGAGGUGGGGAAGGUGGAGAUCUCGAGGCCUGUAGGGAAGGGUUGUGUGGUUUGGAGAGGAGUGGAGGCCUCAGGGAUGUCGGUGGACAUGGACGUGUCAGUUGAUGUCCUGGGUGGCGUACCCCACAGACCACUGUGCUUCCUGCUGCUGGGUGGGGUGGAGCAGUGGGGGGGGGGGUGAGGAUGGAGCCAAGGCUCUGAGAUGGGGCCCGGGGACAUGAAGGAGGCCUGAGAGCACAGCAUGGGGGUGAGGGCACUGCAGGGAACUCCUCACAGGCCUGCCUCUGUGUUGAGGUCAGCCAGGAGCCCCCCAGACGGGCUUGGGGCAGAGGUGGGUCCCUGCGCCCUGGUGCUGGGCCAUCACCCAGAGCCUUCACCUGCUCUUUCUUCAUGGAGCUCUGAACUGCUCAUGAUCUUGGGGAUCCUUCCGGGACUUCCUUUCCCAGAGCACUGCUGCAGGGCACCCUCCUCUGACUGGGGUCUUGGCAAGAGGAGUUGGCUUGGACACCCCUGUCUGGGGUGAGCCGGUGGAACAUGAGCCCUGUGUCCUGCUGCCAACUGGAAGCCACUGUGCGUGACAGGCAGUGAGGGAGUUGCGCCCCUCACUCCCAGUUCCCUCCUGGCCUGMCCUGUACCCCAGCAAGCUGCCGCACUAUGUGCAAGGAGGGCCGAGGAUGGGCGGUCCGAGGGCUGCAACGUGGUUCUGAGUCUGCUGUCAGAAGUGAAUAGAAAGCGUCAGGGCUUCUCUGGUGGCACCACCAUGCGACUGGUCUUCUUCUGGGUCCAGUGCAGUGCUGAGGGUUGGCCAAGCUGCAGCCCAGCUACRUGGGGUCACACUGGAGCCUCAGAGCAGGAGGCUGUGCCGGGCACUUGAAGCUGUCGAUACCAUAGCCAUGGUAGGUAAUCCAUAUUGGAUAUCAAUAAGGGCCAUGGGAAAUAUUUAAAGAGAAAAAGAAUAUAUAUAUAUAUAUAUAUAAAAUUAUAUACACAUUUUAUCGUACAGAUUUUUCAUAAGUUUUUUCCAGUUUGAUACUGUAGAUCUUCAUUAGUGCAGAGUUGUGUUGGAUGGGGUGAGAGUGUGCUGCCCCCUCUGGUGUGUGCUGGGCCUGGGGACAAGGCCUAGCCCCAGCAGGCACCAUGCUUGGUGGGUGGCCCCCAGGGCAGGCCACGCAGCUGCAAGUUCUGUCUAGCCCUGGGGUCUGUCACAUCUCUGGGAUGUGGCAGGCUUCUGGCUAUGAGUGGCUUCCCGCUCUUGGCCUGUGGUGCUGUGCUAGAGAAGGAGCUCCCCACACUCGGCCUCCAGGGUGGACAGAACUUCCAUCACCACCCAGGGAGCCUCCGUCCAGGGUGCUCACGGGCACAGGGCCAGGGAAGGAAGUGGCACAUUCUGCUUUUCCUUUGAGAUCACUGAAAUUUUAUUGUCACAAUUUAAUAUAUGAUUUUUUUUUUAAUUUAAGAAAAAGACAAGGACCUCUUUGUCGUGGGUUUGUUUUCUGUCCCGUGGCUCAGACCUCCCAAAGAGGGUGGGCUCUGCCUUUCCUGGGUGGCCAGGCGCUCCCUCGACACGCCACGCACAGCGCGUCCUGGCCUCCCAGCCGCAGUUCCAUUUCAAUAUUUAUUUUUUGCUGCUUUCCCCAUGAUAUAAAUUAUUGAGAGGAGAUCACAUGCUGUGGACCCGCACCUGUGCCCCGUGCCCACCCCCCCMAUCUCACGGCCACCACCUAAUUUAUUGCUGUACACGUCGCUGCUCUGACUGCUUUUGUACCUUUGCAAUAAAGAAACCCCUGGUUUUACA